GGUGCAGAUAAAAAGGAGCAAAUAAAACCAAGCGCUCUAUGAGAACGAAAUCGCUGAUCCUGUCACCUGUGUUCCAGGAGCUGAAUCAGAAAUGUCGUCAAGCCAGCCAGACAUACCUGCCCCACUCACCAAUCUGAAGUUUCAAUAUACGAAGAUCUUCAUAAACAACGAAUGGCAUGAUUCGGUGAGUGGCAAGAAAUUUCCUGUCUUUAAUCCUGCCACUGAGGAGAGACUCUGCGAGGUAGAAGAAGGCGAUAAGGAGGAUGUUAACAAAGCAGUGGCAGCUGCAAGACAAGCUUUUCAGCUUGGCUCUCCAUGGCGUACCAUGGAUGCUUCUGAGAGGGGCCGGCUAUUAUACAAGUUGGCUGAUUUAGUUGAAAGAGACCGGCUGAUCCUGGCAACAAUGGAGUCCAUGAAUGGUGGAAAACUAUUUUCCAAUGCCUAUCUGAUGGAUUUAGGAGGCUGCUUAAAAACAUUACGCUACUGUGCAGGCUGGGCUGACAAGAUCCAGGGACGCACAAUACCAAGUGAUGGAAACUUUUUUACUUAUACAAGACACGAACCUGUUGGUGUGUGUGGCCAAAUCCUUCCUUGGAAUUUCCCGUUGCUCAUGUUCCUUUGGAAGAUAGCGCCUGCCCUUAGCUGCGGAAACACGGUGGUUGUCAAACCGGCAGAGCAAACUCCUCUCAGUGCGCUUCAUGUGGCAACUUUAAUAAAAGAGGCAGGGUUUCCUCCAGGAGUGGUGAAUAUUGUCCCCGGUUAUGGGCCUACUGCAGGGGCAGCCAUUUCUUCUCACAUGGAUAUAGACAAAGUGGCCUUCACGGGAUCGACAGAGGUUGGCAAAUUGAUCAAAGAAGCUGCUGGGAAAAGCAAUCUGAAGAGGGUGACCCUGGAGCUGGGUGGAAAGAGCCCUUUCAUUGUGUUUGCUGAUGCUGACUUGGAAACUGCCCUUGAAGUUACACACCAAGCGUUAUUCUACCACCAAGGCCAAUGUUGUGUAGCUGCAUCCCGGCUUUUUGUGGAAGAAUCAAUUUACGAUGAGUUUGUUCGAAGGAGUGUUGAGAGGGCUAAAAAGUAUGUUCUUGGAAAUCCGCUGACCCCAGGAGUCAGUCAAGGCCCCCAGAUUGAUAAGGAACAAUAUGAAAAAAUACUUGACCUCAUUGAGAGUGGGAAGAAAGAAGGAGCCAAACUGGAGUGUGGUGGAGGUCCAUGGGGAAAUAAAGGGUACUUUAUCCAGCCAACCGUUUUCUCUAAUGUUUCAGAUGAGAUGCGCAUUGCCAAAGAGGAGAUAUUUGGGCCAGUGCAGCAAAUCAUGAAGUUUAAAUCUUUAGAUGACGUGAUCAAGAGAGCAAACAAUACCACCUAUGGCUUAUCAGCAGGAAUCUUUACCAAAGACCUUGACAAAGCCAUCACAGUCUCUGCCGCUCUGCAGUCCGGGACGGUGUGGGUGAAUUGCUACAGUGUGGUAUCUCCCCAGUGCCCCUUUGGUGGAUUCAAGAUGUCUGGCAAUGGACGAGAAAUGGGAGAAUAUGGUUUCCAUGAAUACACAGAGGUCAAGACGGUCACAGUGAAAAUUUCUCAGAAGAACUCAUAAAGAAACUACAAGAGUAGAGAGGAGAAUUCUCAUGGCUAAGCAUCUCUUUCAGUAGCUAAUACACUAUCGUGAAUUUUAAAUACAAAAUUGUUCUUUUCCUGAUUUUUUUAAACAUAAGCAGAUCAUAUUAGCAUUAAUACUAGCAUAGAAAACUUGACAUCUAGCUUAUUCUGAAAGAAUCAUUUACCUUCGGAUAUAUGACUCCCAAGUCCUGUCUAAUAAAAUGAACAGAUUUGGAUGCAAGAUGUCUCUAGUUCUGUAAUAGUCAUGUGCUUUUCUUUGUAGCUACUUGUCCAGGAUGAUUAUUUUACAGAAGAGGAUCAGUUGUCAUUUAGCUUCUUUCUCUUAAUGGCCCCUUCAAGUUCUUACCAUAUCUGUUAACUGCAGAGUAGAUAAGCUCUGUUCCCAGUAGUUGUGAAGUCCUUGGAGUCUUUGGAAAUGUUUCCUACAAUGUCAUGUCUGCUUGUCAAAUGAAGUAAUGCCUGAAAUACUUAGCUGUAAUCUAAACAUAAAUCUUAAUAAAAACAACCUUGCAUGAUU